UUAAAGUACACGUGGUUUUUGUUUUGGUGAAAGAGGAAGAUGUAUGUGUUACGGAUUCUGAGUUUGGUUAUAGCUUUCGGCUUUAUUUACAUGAAUAAAACACCUGUUGGGGUAUAUGAAUUUACAAGAUUGGGCACUAAUGGAGGUACCAACUGUGCAGUAUGUACAGUGGUGUUGGGAUUAGCGGAACAGCUGUCCGUAAUACACAAUGAGACGGUGGUUAGAGGUCUGGAGAGGCUGUGUAACUUUCUACCUCCGCCUUAUCAAGGAGCUUGUAAAGAGUUUACAGAUUUCAUUGCAGAUGACAUUAUCAGAUCAUUCUCCCAGGACGACACGGCAGAUACAGCGUGUCACAAGCUAUCGUUCUGUUUCACGGAUCCCAGUACAGACACCUGUCAUAUCUUCCCUAGGAAACCCAGCCAUAGAGAUAGGUUGCUGAAAUUUGUCCAGACCAACAGACGUCAUCGGACCGGGGCGAAUAUUUGCGAUUUACCAGGAAUAAAAAGGAUCUGCGCCUGGAUUAAUGAUAUAUUUAGUAAACACGAUCCCGCCAUAGACCUGGACGGCGACUUCCACAGCGUGUACCAGACUUUAAGAGGGUCAUCUUGGCGAGGAAAAGAUUGUGAUGACGAAAGGGAAUUAUUUCAUCCGGGUGCAAAACCAAUAAAUGGCGACAAAACCAUGGAUUCUAACUGCAAUGGCAUCUAUGGCAUAAACCCUACGAGUGGGCGUGGUUAUGAGGAUGAGUUGUGCGGCACUAGCCAAUCACGAGGAGUAGCGGUUCUGGGCGAUUCCAUUAGUGCUCACUUCCACCUUCCCAGAGAAUGGCUGAAUACCACAGAGAUGUCCCUGAAAGUAUUCGAGCCACUUCCAUUUAUCUUGGAGAAUGAAAUCGACUGGCCUGAGUUUUCGUCUGUGACAGCUUUCAGGAACAACACAGAUCCAUUCCAUGAAGUUCUGCAUGGACCAGUGGAUUCCGUGUACAAGAGACUGUUUGAAAGGAACCAUUGCAAUCACAGGGACUACCAAAACAUCGGCGUCAAUGGAGCAAAAGCAUCCUCAAUGGCCGACACCAUUCAGUUGAGCUUCAAGAGAAACAUCACACACGACCAACCAAUGAUUGUCUUCUAUGCUCUUGUGGGAAACGAUGUCUGUAAUAGACACCCUGAUAUUUUUAAUCAUAUGACAACUGUGGAGGAAAUGAAGAAUAAAUCUAUCAACACAUUGAAUUAUCUAGGAAAGGUUCUUCCAAAAGGAAGCCAUGUAUUUUACGUAGGAUUAGCUGAUGGGGCCAUUUUGUAUGAAGCACUUCGUGAUAGAGUUCAUCCGAUUGGAUCAUUGCGGAAUGACGUCACAUACUCUGAGUUCUAUGACUAUUUCAACUGUUUAGAGAUAUCUCCUUGCCUGGGAUGGAUGAAUACUAAUGCAACAGUACGAGAAAUUACAACUAAGAGGGCUCGUGAAUUGAGUGAGGCUUUAAAAGAAGUCGUGGCUGUUCACCAAAGUUCUUUUUCAAACUUCAAAUUGUAUUAUGUGGAUAACCCCAUAGACCAAGUGUUGGACGAGUGGACUAAACAAGGUGGACAGGAUUGGGAACUGCUAGAGCCCGUGGACGGAUUUCAUUCUAAUCAGCUUGGACAAGCACUAACAGCGAAGGCAAUUUGGGAAAAUUUGGAGAAGAUGUACCCAGAAGCCAUUGGGCCCGUGAAUCCGAAUAAUGCUAAGAUUAAAUCUUUGUUUGGAAAUCAAGGCGGUUACCUGUAACUGUGUCACCAUUAACAAGUUGGAUAUUAUAUCAUGGGGUUGUGCAAUUUUUAUGCCCCCGUAAUCCGAGUGUCGGGGGCAUUUAGUUUUUGGUCUGUCCGUUUGUUUGCAAAAACUUUAAAUUGGGCCAUCUGUUCAUUGGAUUGUGAUAUGUCUUCCAUAUUUCACAUGUGUAUUCCUUGCGACAAGACAUUUCAUUUGGUACCAAAAUGAUUGACAUUUUAACCUUGACCUUGGAGUUUGACCAACCUUUGAAAAAAAAAUUAACCUUGGUUAUAACGUUUGAAUGGUUAGUGAUAGGGCGCUCAUAUUCUUGUGACAAGACCUAUCUUUGGGUGCAGCCAUACGGGGGCAUCACUGUUUCGCAAACUCAUCUUGUUUAUAUUUGUUGUUUUUAUUAAUUUAAAAACCCGAGAUUCAUGAUUAUCUAGGACUUUAUAAUUUAGAAAAUUUUUCAACUAGAUGUGGAUGUUUGUUUUGGGUGUUGUUGUUGCCCCCCCCCCCCUUAAUUUUUAACAUCCCCUUCUUUGCAUGGUAAACAUGGGAUAGAAAUUGAAAGCAUCUUAAAAAAAAUUAUAGUUGCACCUUUUCCCCCCUAUAAUUAAAAUUAUUAUGCAAUUUUUCUUUUAAAAAAAAAGUAGCCUAUGUACUCUGUAAUACUACUACAUGUACCUCUAUUCUUCGUAAACACAAAUUAUAGUCAUUUAAUGUAUUGAUUUGUGUAUGAUGUAGAUUAAACAUAUUGUAUGACAAUCAUAUAAAUUAUUGUAUUGCGAGAGGGUUAUCUAAAUUUUUGAACUUGUGCCUAAUCUUUUUGAUGUUUUGUCAAUAAAAUAUGUUCAAUUCAA